AUGUUUGAAGUUGCAUCCGGCGCCAGUUGGAUGUCCAAUUCAUCGAGAUGUGGGAGAAUCGCUCGGAAGUCGAGGUGGUCAGCAAAAGGCAGUAUGGCUGUAUACGAGAAUGAGCGGAGAGACGACCAUGACACCGCAUGUCGUUCCCGCGCGGCGAAGCAGUUCAUAAUUGACAGUACCAAGGAUGGAGGGCCACGUUCGAAGUACUCGGAAAUCGCAUUCUGCGCACAGUCUCGUCGUUGGAUGGACACUCACGUUCAAUGCAAGAUGCGACCAAGGUUUCAACAUCAGAAUGCUGUUUGCCGCAAUUCUGUUCAAGCUCCGAUCGGGAGGCAUACUUUGCGACCUGACAGCUGCAUCAAAAGUCUGCUCUGUACUCCGCGCACUCGAAGGAAUCUCGCAUCUCAAUUCGAGAAGGUGGUAGUCCAUCUCCUCAAAAGCCCAUUCAGUGGAUAG